UAAUAAUUUAUGUUGUUUCUGUGACUUUUAUCUUGUGAUUUUAACUGUGUAGUCUGCUAAUGUUUGCAUAAUGUGAUAUUUUUAUCUUAUAUAAAUGUUUUUAAACAAAUUUUUUUUUUUAACCAUUGUUACUUUAACCUAGGCUAUGUAUCUGCAUAAUGUGAUAUUUUUUAUAAAUGUAUUUAAGUUGAAAUUUUUUUAACCAUUGUAACUUUAACCUAAGCUAGGUAUCUUGUGUGAAUGACCAUUGUUCGUUAAUAAAGAUCUAUCUAUCUAAUUAAGAAGCACUAACGAAGCACUAACAAACAACAUAUUUUUCCAAAAAAAAAAUAACACUUUAGGGGCCAACUUCACGGACCUUCAAAAUAUGUAUGCUUCAUAGUACCUAAUCUAAUAACAUCAUGAAACAAUUAUUAGUUCAGUAACUAGCAGUAAUUAAAACUAACUGUUCUUUUUUUGAAACAAAACUCUCACUUCCGCGACGUCAAAAAAUAUAAGCUCCAAUGGCACUUGCCGCCUCGCUCACCUACAUACGAAAUUUCCCCCGGCAUUUCUUUUCCAAAGAUACCAUUUCUCCUUAUGAUGGUGUGCGGUGUAGCAGGAUACCUUUCUUCUUUCAGAAUCUCUUCUGCGAGUUAAGUUCAAGAUCGCGCCUUGGCAACGAAUUUCCAUUGAAAUCGAUUCACGGUCUCGGUACUUACUGACACACAUCUUCGGGUGUAGUACGUUUCGUGUACGCCAAGUACCGUUUUCGGUUUUUUUACUUUUGGUGUUUCGUUUGGAAUUUGAAAGAGAAAUCGCCGGAGCCGAACAAACAACAUGAUCCACGUCGAUUUUGUCAAUCCGACUUUUCAGGAUGAGAAUUUGGACAAAAACGUAACUUGUCCUCAACCCAAAAUGACUUUGCCUAAAACAAACGGUUACCCAGUGGCCCAAGAAGUGAAAACCUACAAAUCCAGGGAAGAGCAAGUUAAGGAAAUGAAAGCCAGAGGGGAUUAUAUUGGAUUAUUACCCGCAGAAAUCGGCACCGAUUAUUCGUUUAAACGUAAAAUAGUUUGGCCCAAUGCCAUCGGGUUUGCAGCCCUUCACUUGGUGGCCCUUUAUGGAUUUUGGGUGCUGAUUUUUGAUGCAAAAGUUUGGACAGUUGUCUGGACUCUCUUUGUAGCCUGGAGUAGCGGAAUAGGAGUGACUACCGGAGCCCACCGAUUAUUCUGUCAUAGAUCUUACAAGGCCACUUUUGCUACACGUCUCAUGUUGAUAUUGUUCCACACAUUGGCAGGACAAAAUUGUCUCUAUAUUUGGGUGAGAGAUCACAGACAACAUCACAAAUACAGCGACACCGAUGCGGAUCCUCACAACGCUCACAGAGGUUUCUUCUUUUCUCACGUUGGUUGGCUUAUGAGCAGGAAACAUCCGGCUGUUAUUUCCAAAGGAAAAGCUAUAGAUAUGAGCGAUUUGGAAGCAGAUUGGCUAGUUAUGUUUCAGAAAGAGCACUACAAGACACUUUACCUCAUAUUCGCCAUCCUCCUUCCUUCAGUAGUACCAGUCUACUACUGGAACGAAACUUGGUGGAACGCCUUUUUCACAGCCUACCUUUUCCGAAGCGUUUUGGUACUGAACUGCACUUGGUCGGUGAACAGUGCGGCUCAUUUAUGGGGAAAUCAACCAUUCGACAAAUACAUGAUGCCAGUAGAAUCCGGCUUCGUAUCAAUGGUGUCUGUUGGUGAAGGCUGGCACAACUACCACCACGCUUUCCCUUGGGAUUAUAGAGCGGCAGAAUUUGGCUCCAAAUACAGCAUUUCAACUUUAGUAAUAGACGCACUUGCCUCAUGUGGAUUUGCUUACGAUUUAAGAACCACGCCUUACCAUAUGGUUCAGAAGAGAGCUGAACGUACUGGUGAUGGAUCUCAUCCAAUCUACGGCCGUCUAGCAGAAAAACUGGAAACUACUGGAAAACUAGAUGACAGCGACAUUGCCGAGCUACUAAAAACCAAAGAAACUGGAUCUGUAAGGCGAUUGGUAACCGCACAAGGUUGAACACUUUUUAAGGGUUGAUUUUCAUAUAAGCAGCUUAAAUUAUUAUAAUCUUUGUGUGAUGUGUGUAGUUAGUAAUUUCUCUUGAGGGUAUUAGUAGUUUAAAUAAAAAUAAUAUUGUUAUUUAUAUUUAUAAAAAAAAUAUUAUAUUUUAAUAACCAGCUUUAGUAUAUGUACCUACCCAUAGUUAUUUUUGUAGUGUUAAAUAUGUGGAAUUUAUAAAUAAAUUAAAUGUUUGUUUAUUAAAUUCGUGCCAUAAUGUUUCUAAAUUGACUAAUUAUCCGUUAUUGAUUUCAAUUUUUUUCUUUUUGUACUUUGUUAUUGAAAUACAUUGUAUGUAGUAUAAAUUCCACAUUAUUUUUUAAGCACACCAAAAUUUAGUUUAAGUGAAAUAUUAGAAUAUUUUGUGAUUUUUUUUUUGUAUUAGUUUAUAAGGGUUAGUGAAUAAAUUUGUGCUAAUAAUUAA